GGAUAAUGACAACAAGGACAACAAACAUCCUCAGGCGAGCAACACGAUCAGCAGGCAUGGACUUCAACGGUACAUGGAAGGUUUAUUAUGAGGAAAACCUCGAGGAUUUCUUGAAGGUUAUAGGUGCACCUCAGUUGAUUGCGAAAAUGCGAAAGGAAAUCAAGCCGGUGAAGGUGAUUGAGCAGAACGACAAAGAAUUCACCUGCACGAUUAAGACUCCCGUCAGCACCAAAGUCCACUCGUUCAUCCUGGGAAAGGAGACGGAGAUUUCCACUCUGGAUGGCAGGAAGUUCAAGUGCACCAUGAGAGAGGAGAACGGGAAGAUGAUCACUGAGAAUGAGAAGUACACCUCGGUCCAAGAGAUCCAAGGAGAUGAACUGAUCGAGACCAUCACUGCCGGCUCUGUAACUUUCAUCAGCAAAAGUAAACGAGUCUGAUCAUCACCUGGCAGCUGAUAGAUCCACCUUAAACCUUCUUAACUUCAAGCAGAGGAGCAUCUAAACAAAAUUACCCAAA